CGACGAGCUCGAGCUUGAGGGCGGUAAAGUGCGCUCAAGGCGGCCGCCAACACGGCUGCCCCCCCCUCCCUCUCCGGACGCACCCACCCAAGUGCUUAAUGCACCCGCCGAGGGAGGAGUUGCGGGGAGCGGUGAGACCGUGAGAGGCGGUAUGCAUCGACCUAUGUGUUAUGUCGGGCAGACCCGAUGCGAUCGCCUCAACGUUGAAAUGUUCUCUGUUACUGCUUUUCUGUUCGUCUUGUUGGUCCGUUUCGUGUUCAACACAUCAGUCAUUACUCAACACCACAGAUAUCCGCAGAAGUUCAUAGACCUCUUUCUUUUCUUGUUCUCAAUCGAAUCGCGUUCUACAUUUGCUCGUACCUGUCGAGGGUCUCUCACUACAUCUUACCUCCCUACAUCUUACCUCCCUACAUCUUACCUCCCUACAUCUUACCUCCCUACAUCUUACCUCCCUACAUCUUACCUCCCUACAUCUUACCUCGGACGAACGAAGAUCGCUCGCUACACGCGGUGGCGCCUCGAGCGAAAACAACUAGCGGUUCUUGCAGUUAUCCACUGGCAAGUUGUUGCAAGAAUCGCCGUCAUUCCGCAGGCCGCAGAGGGGGGAAAGAUAUGUACCUCAUGGUUCCAUCCGGACUCCCGCCGGAACAUACCACGGAGGGGUGCGCGGGAACAUCAUAUAGCACCUACCUUGCCCUCUAUUGGAAGCAUGCUGGAAAGAACAGAUCCCCUGAUCCCCACUCGUCGCUGCAGAGAAAGCUGCCCCUUCGAACGGCUCCCAAGCAGUCACCACUUGAUCGGGGACAUAGGCCGCAAGCGUUGAUGGGCCACCAUCAUCCUUCGCACCAACAGCCGGUCGCCGAAAGGUUUUUACAUACAUAAAUUCUGCAACCCGCCUGCAAGUCUGCAGCUCAGCUUACGUGCAGGGAUGUACUAGUUUCCUUCUACCAUCAUUCUAGAAGUAAGAUUAAAGUGUGAAUUUGGGCCGCUUAUCUCGGCCAGGGUUCGGCGCACCACCAGCAACCACCACAAGUCAGCACAUCCUUCUAUUGGGAACUUCUAGAACAAUGCCAGCCAAUCAGCGGCGACAGGACCGCCCUCGGAGACAAGUCCGUCGAACGAGAGGGAGUUGGUUGGUUGCUAGCAGCUGCUUCCCUCCCGCUGGCGACUGUUGCACCUCGAUCGCCAGUACCUUGUUUCUAUGCUGGCUAUGAUACAUACCCAAGUCAGUA